AAAGAUCGAUAUUUUCUCUGGCAAAUCAGUAGAACGAGAUGCAGCAUCAGUUAACGAACACACACACACACACAUGACGUAGCUUAUACCGCCGCCAUCAACGCCAGCACCUUUAACGUUUAUUCACCACCACCACCACCACCACCACCGCCGCCGCCACCACCACCACGGUCUUCAUCAUCAUCACCAUCAUCGUCGUGGUCGUAAACAGCUGGCUACUGUUAAAACCAAUAAGCAACAAUGUAAUUUUGCGAAAAGGUAGACUCAAAACAGGCGGAUUUACUUGAAUAUACCAUUAGCUUAAGCUGCCGGGUGGGAUAAUAAAGAUAACGAUUAUAAUGAUGAUAACGACCAUGAUGAUAAUGACGACGGUGAUGAUGAUGACGAUGAUAACGAUAAUGAUGAUGAGCCAGUGACAUUUAAGGUUCACGGUCUCUCGUCACAUUUAUAUCUCACAUCUGUUGGUCUCGCCUUCGUAGUUCAGUUGUGUGUGUGUUUUUUCUCUUCCUUCGCUGGCCGCUUUCUAUCUAUAUGUUGUUGGCCAGGUCAAUGCUUUUAUCCACGAGCUACAAUUUACAAAUGAUUGAUAUUACAUGGAGAGCAACAAGGAAGAGAUAGAGCCGACAUUUCUUAAUCGUUUUUUCAAUUCCGGAACAGCGAAUAAAAUGACAGAAAAACUAGUAAAAUUUUCGCUCAGCGAUCUACAAAAGGACAAACUCUGGCCUCAUUUCACCUCAGCUGGACGGAUCAUGGGAAUAAUAUUCUCUGUCGUUGGCUUACUUGCUUCUCUCCGUUGGAUUACGGCUUGGGGCAACGUCGACACGAACUCACCAAACGACAUCUGCAGGGCUGACUCAGCAGACACCAUGUGUCCGUGGAAACAUGUUUUCUCAGAUUUUGCUCAGCGGUUACAUUUGAUUGAAAUGGCUUUUAAAGACCAAGUAGUAGCGCGAGAAGCCAUGGCGCAAGAAGUUGUCAACCAAUCAGAUUUGAACGGCGUUCUCGAUCAGAAACUCUCUAUUUUUAUUAACAAAGUUGAAGAUUUACAUCUACGGAUCAACAAAGUGGAGAACAAGUUACUUGACCUUCAUGCUCGGAUUAACUCAGACGAAUCCGUAGGGUUUUUGGUUAUCGUAAUCUUGGUCAUAGAAUUGGUUAUGAGAUUUCAGCCGAGAAUUCGACUUCUUCAGUUCUGGUUUAAAGAGAAAAACUUAUCUUCGCCAUCAUCGUCUUCUUCGAAUAAACAAGCUGUUGAUUUAAGACGUGAAUCGCCUUCAUCUUCGUCCAAGAAUGGUGUCUUGAACUUUUCCCCCAAACAUGGAAUUUCUCUGCGUAACGAAGUUUGCGUAAUAAUGUUUAAGAAGGAGAGUGAAAAUAUCUACGCCACAUUAAUGGAAACCCUCGUUAAACAGCUGGACAACACUCGUCUCGCAGUGCGGCCAUUUUUGGCUGUCGAGGGACAAGACAGUCUUCGACAUCUUCCUUAUAGUAAAAUAUUCUUGGUGUUUGCCGAAUGUUUGCCAAGUAAGAGGCCGGCAUCUCCAAGUUCCCCUUCUUCCACUUCUGUUGCUUUGACCCCUUCCCCCUCUUCCCCAUCCUGUCCUACUUCAUUACAAACUAAAACCAAUGAACAGGUUGAAUUACAGAUAGCAUCCCUUAAAGUAAUCAAGGCCCUCGGAGCAAACGCCAUAGUGAUUAUCACAAAUGACGAAGGCUCAAAAAGACUUUCUGGCCAUGUGUUGUACAACGCCCAACUUCGAAUUAUUCAAUCCCAGGAUAUGUUGCAGGAACUCGCCUCUAAAGGAAAAUUAUUCAGUAUUUGGAAAGAAUUAACGUCACAUCAAAUUAGCCACAUGCGAAAAAUACUACUGUCGACAUUGAACCCAAGAUAUGGCGGCUGUAAAUGAAGACAAACAUUUAAGAACAAUUUUUUAAAAACAAAACCAACAAAACAAAAAAAUCUUUCCUUCUUACAUAUGAUUCACUUCCUGUAUAUUGACCUCUUUCCUUCACACACAUGGUUCACUUCCGGUAUAUUGACUGACCUCUGUAACUCGCAAAUCAUGCUUGCUCUUCAGGGCGUCUCUUUCUUUUAAAGUAUAGCGUGACUAAACGAAAGAAAAAUAUAAUAUAAACAACAACAAUAAAACAACUACUGCUACUACAACGACACCAAAAACUACUACUACUUCUACUACUACUACUACUACUACUACUACUUAUCACUAU